AUGCAGAAGUUUGCAAUUUUAGUUUCUUUCUUUCUUUUUGUUUCUGGAAUAUUAGCUCAAGAGACCAGUUUGUCUCCAGUGGUUCACAGAUUCAAACGACACUGUGGAGAUUACGGUUGUGGUAGAUCAGUUUGUCAAGAAUGCCCUUCUUGCUGCGGUGAAAGACCAUUCAGCCCAACUUUCAAUAUUAACUUUAACUGCUGUGGAGCUCCACGUCCAUCUCCAGCUUGCUGCCCUUACGUACCACCAGCACCUCUUCCACCACCACCACCACCAGCACCAUCCUGCUGUGGUCCAGCUCCAGGUCCAUCCCCAUGCUGCCCACCACCACCAGCUCCAGCUGCUCCAUGCUGCGUUCCUCCACCACCACCACCAGCCCCAUCUCCAGUAGUUUGCUGUAAGCAGGCUCCAGUUCCAGAAAACCCGUGCUGUCAAGUAGUUGCUGCUGCAAUCCCACCAGCUGCUUCGGCUCCAGCUUGCUGCGUAGUUGCUCCAGUUCCAUCUAACCCAUGUUGCCAACCAGCUCCACGUCCACCACCAUGCACUUGCUCUGCCCCAAGACCAGUACCAUGCAGAUGUGCGGCUCCUCCAGUUGAUUGUCCAAAUUGCGAUAUGCCAGCUCCAAGAUGCUCUAUGAUGUCUCCAAUGGAAUGCUCAAUGAGAAGAAUGCGACGAGAUACUCACCAACAAAUUUUGCAGCACUUCCACAGAGUUCAAUAG